AUGAAGCGGUGUUUACGAUGCCGUUCACGGGAACUCUGCCAUGACCAUGGCUCGUACCGAUUAGUUACUCGAGACAAAUUAGAGCCAUCUAUGUGGAUCAAUGAAUACGUUAUUAGGCACUAUCGGCCAACAAAUAUGAGCAAUAAAAUGUGUGCUAAAAGCAUCUUCCACUGGACUAACGAGACAAUCAACAUUUGGAGCCAUUUGCUAGGUUUCAUCUACUUCACCUACUGUCAGUACGAGAUGAACGCCUAUCGUAUACCGUUGAUGGGCGGUCAUUUUCAAGAUCAUCUCGUCAUAUCGCUCUCGAUCUUUGGAGCUCAGGUGUGCAUGCUGUUUUCGGCAGCGUACCACACGUUUUGCUGUGCAAAUGAGAGAAAACGUCAAAAAUUCCUGAAACUCGAUAUAUUCGGAAUCUCAGCCGGUUUACUUGGAAUGUACUUGUCCGGAAUCUACACGGCAUUUUUCUGCUUCCAGGACCACCUCGAGACGUACGUCUAUAUGCUGUUGUCUAUCUUCGCUAUUACUGCUUACGUGCCAACACGAGACGAUUUCUUUGAUCGAAAAAUUGUUGGCUCUCGAAUAGGAUAUCUGCAUAUUAUUUAUUCAUCAAUCAUCGUCUUCGGAUUUUGUCCAACCACCCACUGGGUAUACCUACAUGGUGGUCUGGAAAAUGCACAUGUAGCGUAUUGGUUGGUCGACAUCUUUAUACUUUAUGGAUUGAUUGCCUUAGCGUUCUUCUUCUACGUGACACUGAUCCCCGAACGACUUUGUGCGUUUGACCUCGUAGGAUGUUCUCACCAAUGGUGGCACAUAUUCAUUUUAUCGGCUAUGGUAUUCUGGCAACGUACUGGCGUAGAUCUAUUGGCGUUCUAUCGAAUGAACGAGUCAUCAUGUCGUGACACCAUCACCCUGGUGCCAUCAAACUCGUCCACCGUGUACUUGUAG